AUGGCUCAAAAAGAUGGCCGAGUUCUGCUGUUGAAUGCUCCAAGACUACCGUUACCAGAAGACAAGGUGAAAGAGCUGGCAGGCGAUCUUCAUGAUUAUGCUCAUGCACACGGCCUCGUCAUGCGUUUGAGCACUGACAAGAUGAGCAGUGAAGUUUGCCAGACGACACCACUCACUCUUCUGCCAUCUCCCUUCCCGAAGAAUGUUUUCGAUGAGGCUGUACGCAUCCAAAACCUCUACGCAUCUCUUUACCAUUAUAUCGCCUACGAUUUUGAUUUUCUCAUCGAUAUUCAUAAGAAUGUAGUGAAAACCGACGAAUUCACACGGAAAAUGAUAGAGAUUUUGAAAAAAGUGAAAGAGCAAGGAUUGAAGCAACCAGUGACUCUUGCAAUCCAACGAUCCGAUUAUAUGUGUCAUAAGGAUCAAUCCUCCGCUGAAUAUGACCUAAAACAAAUCGAAAUCAAUAAUAUCGCUUCAUCAAUGGGUGCGCAUGCCGAGCGGCUAACACAAUGGCAUAUCAGAGUGUUAAAAGCUCUAGACGUUCCUGAUGACGUCAUUCGGAGAGCGAUUCCAGAGAACAAACCAAUUCCAAUGAUCGCUGAGGCACUUUUCAAAGCCUGGUCUCACUUUAAUAACCCUGAUGCCUGGGUGCUUGUCGUCGUUGAAAAUGUGAAUCAGAAUCAAAUCGAUCAACGCCACGUGGAAUAUGAGCUUGAGAAGUUGGGAGUGCCGAUGACACGAAUAAUAAGAAGAACGUUGACACAGUGCUAUGAGCAGUUAUCGCUAAACGAGAGCAGCGAACUGCUAAUUGAUGGGAAGCCAGUGGCAAUUGUGUACUUUAGAGCUGGAUACUCUCCAGAUCACUAUCAAUCUGAUAAAGAAUGGGAAGCUCGUGAACGCAUGGAACUAUCCACUGCUCUCAAGACUCCAUGGAUCGGACUCCAGGUCGCCAACACCAAGAAAACACAACAAGUACUUUCGGAAGACGGAGUUCUUGAGCGAUUCAUCGGAAAGCCACGUGAAGCACGCGAUAUUCGCAGGUCUUUCGCCGGAAUGUGGGCGCUGGAGAAUUCGGAUGAGGUCACUUUGAAAGUUGUUCAGGGCGCUCAAAAGCAUCCGGAAGCCUUCGUGCUCAAGCCACAAACCGAAGGAGGAGCCGCUCUGCACACAGGAGACGAAAUGGUCCAAAUGUUGAAAGAGCUUCCAGAAGAAGAGCGUGGUGCCUACAUUCUGAUGGAGAAGUUGAGACCAAUGAUUAUUGAGAACUACUUGGUUUUCGCUCGAAAACCAGUGACAUUCGCUAAAGCGGUCAGUGAGCUUGGAAUCUAUGGAUACGCAUUUGGAGCCAAGGACGCGCCGGAGCUCAAAACCGCUGGACACUUGCUCCGAUCCAAACCAGAAUCCACUGCUAUGGGAGGUGUUGCUGCUGGCUACGCUGUUGUUGACACUCCAUUCCUCUAUGAAUUCAUCUGA